AUGGGCGAUGUCAUAGAAAUGUCCGAUUCUCAUAAAGCAGAUGCAGGGAUUAGUAGCGAUGAUCAGCGGAAAAAUGCAUGCACGAUGUGGUGUCGUAAAUAUUUCAUGGCAGGUCAACAUGUGAAACAGAAACAACUUGAAGCGCUGAAAAACCUUCCACCAAAUGCACCAUGGCACCAGCGGUUCCUUGUAGUAAACCGGCGGUUCAUCGGUCCUGCGAUCCCCGCAACGUUCCUCUGUACUUGUUGGCUGGCUUUCAUGAUUAAAAAACAGUUAUGGCAUUUGUUUGCUGAAAAAUACGUCAUGACAAUAAUCAUGGUUUUUGUUUCUUUAUUUGCUGGUAUGACGGGGAUAAGUGGUGGCGUUAUGGUGUUCCCUGUGAUGACUCUCGCGUUAGAGAUCUCUCCAAAAACAGCGCGUGACUUCAGCAUUUUGAUACAGUCAUUCGGUUUAACUGCUGCAAUGUUUACCAUUAAGUUCAUGGGAUUUAAAGUCGAUAAGAGCGCUCUCAUAUUCUGUACUCUCGGGGGUUUUGGUGGAGUUGUGGUAGGGCUCGAAGUUCUAGACAUACACCUAAGUCCACCCGUCAAGAAGUUCAUGUUUACGUCUUUUUGUUUCUCGUUUGGAUUUGCCUUGUUUCUACUUAACAGAUAUCGGAAUAGACGAACAUUUACGUCUGUGAUGUUUAUCAACGCAUGGAAGGCAGGAGUAUUGUUCAUCACUGGUUUCAUCGGAGGUAUAUUUACAGCAAUCGGAGGCAGUGGACUAGACAUAAUGAGUUUCAGCAUAAUCACGCUUUUAUUUCGUGUAACUGAAAAAACAGCUGCCCCAAGCUCGGUCAUUGUUAUGGCGAUGAAUUCAUUAUUCACAUUCUUUUGGCGUGGUGUUAUACAGAGUGAUAUCCCGGAAGAUGCUUGGGUUUAUCUCCUCGUAUGUAUUCCUGUUGUGGUCUGCGGUGCUCCGAUUGGUUCAGUCAUCGGAAGUUACUUACAUCGCCUCGUUCUGGCGUGUUUUAUAUACGUCGUGACAACAGCUGGUUUGGUUGCGUCAUUUGCAAUCAUUCCGCUGACACCAAUCUUGAUUGGUUUAUCAGUGGGGGUUGUAAUCGGAGGCGCCAUCUUUUAUAUUUCAGUAACAUUAGCGGGAGCUAGACUAUUGAUUCAAACUGAAAGGCGCGAACAGAAGGAAAUGGUUAAACAACAAAACAAUGAUCUUGUUUCAACAGAACUGCAAAGAUAUAAUGCAGAAAUAAGAGAUUCUGGUAGAGAUCUUGAUGCCUCCCGAUUAUAAUCAGGAAAUAAUCAAACUAAUAGACACAGUUAUUGAAAAAUGGGAAAUUCGUCAUUCGAAGAAUUUUGAUUCUUUAGUAAUAAAUUGUAGCAUUUAUAUACAGUAAAUGCUGAACUAUUUCAGAAAAUAAGUUUUUGAAUCUAAAACCAUCACGUAAUACAUCAUAUUAAAGCUGGAAUAAGGUAAAAUUGCAUGCUCUUAUAUUGCAAUUGAAAA